UCGAAAUUGUGGCCGACAUAUUAAAAAAGCAUUUUUCAUUAAAUACUGUUUCAGUUCAGGAUAUUAAAUGGUGUAACAGAAUGAGACAGCCUUCUGCUAGGGAAAGGGCACGACCGAUCUUGGUGAAGUUCCAUAAUUUCAGUUUCCGCAAUAAGAUCUGGUUCAGUAAGUCUCAAUUGAAACGAACUGGGAUAACGGUGUUUGAAUUUCUUACGAAACAACGGCAUGAUGUUUUCAUGGCAGCACAGGAUAAAUUUGGGGUAACGAGCUCGUGGACAAAAGAAGGCACAGCUUAUGUUCUCGGCUCAGAUGGCAAAAGGCAUCGGGUGUACUGCCGUAGACAACUGAUUGAAAUUGAUAAACACACCGUGGAGACUGUUCCUGUACAAACUGCCGCGAGACCAAACACGGCGUCUGUUGCACCAAAACUUAAGCGUGCGGCCGCCCGUAAAUGAAGAUUCAAUUUUAUUCUGCAUUUUUAUCUUAUUUCUGCUACUAUUACUUUCAUCUUCAGGUCGAAUUCAUAU